AUGUCUGACUCUGCACAAUCCGUCAAGGUUCUAAACGAACUAUUCGAGAAGUUGACAGUUGCCACUGCUGACAACAGAUCUGCUAUUGCCAAUGAAGUUGCAUCAUUCUUGAACGGUAACAUCAUCGAACAUGAUGUUCCAGAAGAAUUCUUUGCUAACUUGAGCAAGGCCAUCAAGGACAAGAAGACUGCUGCUAACGUUUUGGAAGCUGUUGCUCACAUUGCCUCUGAAUCUGGUUUGUCUCCAUCUGUUGAACCAUUCAUUGUUAACUUGGUCCCAAGCAUCUGUGACAAGGCUGGUGACAAGGACAAGGAAAUCCAAGUUUUGGCUUCCGAUGCUUUGUUGGCUAUUGCUAAGGCCAUCAACCCAGCUGCCAUCAAGGCUUUCUUGCCAUUGUUGACUUCUGCUUUGGAUUCUACUUCCAAAUGGCAAGAAAAGGUUUCUAUCUUGGCUGUUAUCUCCGUUUUGGUUGACACUGCUAAGGAGCAACUUGGUUUGAGAAUGCCUGAAUUGAUCCCAGCUUUGUCUGAAGCUAUGUGGGAUACUAAGAAGGAAGUCAAGCAAGCUGCUACCGCUACUAUCACCAAGGCUACUGAAACCGUCGAAAACAAGGAUAUUGAACGUUUCAUUCCAAAGUUGAUCGAAUGUAUCGCUGAUCCAAGUGAAGUUCCAGAAACCGUCCACUUGUUGGGUGCCACCACUUUCGUUGCUGAAGUUACCCCAGCUACUUUGUCCAUCAUGGUUCCAUUGUUGAACAGAGGUUUGGCUGAAAGAGAAACUUCCAUCAAGCGUAAGGCUGCUGUUAUCAUUGAUAACAUGUGUAAGUUGGUCGAAGACCCACAAGUCGUUGCUCCAUUCUUGGAAAAAUUGUUGCCAGGUUUGAAGAACAACUUCGCCACCAUUGCUGACCCAGAAGCUCGUGAAGUUACUUUGAGAGGUUUGAAGACCUUGAGAAGAGUCGGUAACGUCGGUGCCGACGAUGUCUUGCCAGAAGUUUCCCACGCUGGUGACAUUGCUACUACCAGAUCCGUUCUAGACGAAUUGUUGAAGGACCAAAAGGUUGCUUCCAGAUUCGACCCAGUCUUGAUCUACAUUGCUGCCAUUGCUGCUGAUUUGAUUGAUGAAAGAAUCAUCGAUCAACAAGCUUGGUUCACUCACAUCACUCCUUACUUCACUAUCUUCGCUCACGAAAGAACUGCUAAGGAAAUCAUCGACGAAUUCAGAAAGAGAGCCGUCGACAACAUCCCAGUUGGUCCAAACUUCGACGACGAAGAAGAUGAAGGUGAAGACUUGUGUAACUGUGAAUUCUCCUUGGCUUAUGGUGCUAAGAUCUUGUUGAACAAGACUCAAUUGAGAUUGAAGAGAGCUAGAAGAUACGGUUUGUGUGGUCCUAACGGUGCUGGUAAGUCUACUUUGAUGAGAGCUAUCGCCAACGGUCAAGUUGACGGUUUCCCAACUCAAGAAGAAUGUAGAACCGUUUACGUCGAGCACGAUAUCGAUGGUACUCAAGCUGACACCUCCGUUGUUGACUUCGUCUUCAGCGGUAACGUCGGUACCAAGGAUGUUAUCACUGACAAGUUGAGAGAAUUCGGUUUCUCCGAUGAAAUGAUUGCUAUGCCAAUUGCUUCCCUAUCUGGUGGUUGGAAGAUGAAGUUGGCUUUGGCUAGAGCUGUGUUGAAGAACGCUGAUAUCUUGUUGUUGGAUGAACCAACUAACCAUUUGGAUACCGUCAACGUUAACUGGUUGGUUGAAUACUUGAACACCUGUGGUAUCACUUCCAUCAUUGUUUCCCACGACUCCGGUUUCUUGGACAAGGUCUGUCAAUACAUUAUCCAUUACGAAGGUUUGAAGUUGAGAAAGUACAAGGGUAACUUGUCCGAAUUCGUCAAGAAGUGCCCAACUGCUAAGUCUUACUACGAAUUGGGUGCCUCUGAAUUAGAAUUCAGAUUCCCAGAACCAGGUUACUUGGAAGGUGUUAAGACCAAGCAAAAGGCUAUCGUCAAGGUUUCUAACAUGACUUUCCAAUACCCAGGUACUGCUAAGCCACAAAUCUCUGACAUUUCUUUCCAAUGUUCUUUGUCCUCAAGAAUUGCUGUCAUUGGUCCAAAUGGUGCUGGUAAGUCCACUUUGAUUAACGUCUUGACCGGUGAACUGUUGCCAACUGUCGGUGAAGUUUACACUCACGAGAACUGUCGUAUCGCUUACAUUAAGCAACACGCUUUCGCCCAUAUCGAAUCCCACUUGGACAAGACUCCAUCCGAAUAUAUCCAAUGGAGAUUCCAAACUGGUGAAGAUAGAGAAACCAUGGACAGAGCUAACAGAGUUAUCAACGAAGAUGAUGCUGAAGCUAUGAACAAGAUCUUCAAGAUCGACGGUACUCCAAGAAGAAUUGCUGGUAUCCACGCUAGAAGAAAGUUCAAGAACACCUACGAAUACGAAUGUUCCUUCUUGUUAGGUGAAAACAUCGGUAUGAAGUCUGAAAGAUGGGUUCCAAUGAUGUCUGUUGACAACGCUUGGUUGCCAAGAGGUGAGUUGGUCGAAUCUCACUCUAAGAUGGUUGCUGAAGUUGAUAUGAAGGAAGCUUUGGCUUCUGGUCAAUUCAGACCUUUGACUAGAAAGGAAAUCGAAGAGCACUGUGCCAUGUUGGGUCUAGAUGCUGAAUUGGUUUCUCACUCCAGAAUCAGAGGUUUGUCCGGUGGUCAAAAGGUUAAGUUGGUCUUGGCUGCUUGUACCUGGCAAAGACCCCACUUGAUCGUCUUGGAUGAACCUACCAACUAUUUGGACAGAGACUCUCUAGGUGCUUUGUCCAAGGCUUUGAAGGCUUUCGAAGGUGGUGUUAUCAUCAUUACUCACUCUGCUGAAUUCACCAAGAAUUUGACUGAAGAAGUCUGGGCUGUCAAGGAUGGUAGAAUGACUCCAUCUGGUCAUAACUGGGUUACCGGUCAAGGUUCCGGUCCAAGAAUCGAAAAGAAGGAAGAUGAAGAAGACAAGUUCGAUGCUAUGGGUAACAAGAUCGCUUCCGCUAAGAAGAAGACUAAGUUGUCUUCUGCGGAAUUGAGAAAGAAGAAGAAGGAAAGAAUGAAGAAGAAGAAGGAAUUAGGUGAUGCUUACGUCUCUUCUGACGAUGAAUUCUAA